AUGAUUCUAAACACUCUCGUGCUAUGUUUCGUCUAUGUACCUGCUGGAUGUCUCUUGUUUUAUGAACACUUGCCAGGUAUCACUCAAUUCCUUCCACCACAACUUUCCAGUCGUUUACCUAAAUGGAUCCUUCCUGCUGGUAUAAUUUCUGACCCAUACGAAACCCUCAGUCCAGAAACCAUUAUCAAAACCAUCAAGACUGUCAAAUGUGAUUAUUACAAGGUCAUUUUUGGAAUUAUCAACUUGCCAUUGAUUAUUGUGGACUCACCUGAAUUUUCCAAAGAAGUUGCAACAAAAUCUGCAAAACUUUAUAAGAAAACUUUCUUUUCCAAGAGAACUUUCUUGGAAUUCUUUUAUGGAACGAAUGUUUUUGCUGAGGAGGAUCAUCAGGUUUGGUCUCAACAUCGUCAAUUAAUUGAUCAGAGCUUUGUACCAUCAAAUUUGAAACUUGUGGCUAAGGUUACUGAUCAAGUUAUUGAGAAGGAUAUGAUUCCUGCUAUUGAAUCAAAAUUGGAAAAGAGAGAUGUUAUGGUUGACUUUGCUAAUUUAACAAUGGAUGUAAUUGGACAUGCUGCCUUUGGUUAUGCUCUUGAUUCAUUCCAUUCGAAACCAGGAGAAGAAACUAUGGAUAAAAAGACAAGUAUAUUUUUGGAGAAGGCAGAUUUUUUGAGAAUUAUUCCAUCAAAAUUCUUGAGAAUGAAUUUAAGAAUUGGUCCAGUUGGUGAGAUCCAUAGAGUUUGUGAUUCAUUCAGUGAAGUUAUUAAAAAGAUUAUUGAGAAGAGGGAAAAGACUGGAUUGACUGGAGAAGAGUCAGCUGAUGAUGCUUUAUCUCUCUUAUUGAAAGAAAGAAGAAAUAAUAGAGAGAAUUCAACUGGAGGAGGAAUUUUAACUGAUGAAGAAUUGAUUUCUAAUGCUUUCGUAUUGCUAGUUGCUGGUAAGUAG